CACGGACGCCUGGGAGGAGAAGUGUCGCAGUUUCAUGGACCUCACGCCUGCAUCAGAAAAAGGCAAUGACACACACACACACUCUGAGUCUCUGUUGAAACCCUUGCGUGUAUCUCAGCGUGUUUGUGUGUGUGUGUGUGUGUGUGUGCAGGGAUCAUGUGGCUCUAUGUGGGCAUGGAGCUGCUGUACAUCUCUCUGUUGAGCAUCAGCUCUCUGCUCCUGCUGCUUCAGCUGUGUCUGUCCUCCUGCUCUCCUCCUCAGCAGCGCUGGGCUCAUCUACUCAACGCCUUCGCUGCCGUCUGCACUGUACUGGGAGGGCUGGUUGGGAUGGUCGCUCACAUGAUGUAUAUGCAGGUGUUUCAGGUGACCAUCUCUCUGGGCCCUGAGGACUUCAAACCUCACAGUUACGGAUACUCAUGGGCCUUUUACGUGGCGUGGGUGGCCUUCACCUGCUGCAUGUCGUCCGGCGUGUCCACGCUCAACAACUACACCAAGACGUUUCUGAUGGUGGGACCCAAGCAAAGAAGUGUGUUCUACCCCUGCAGGAACUUCACCUUUCCUCCGCAGCCUCCCGCUCUCUCGCCUCUGUCUCCGUACUUCUCUACUGCUGCUCUGCCGCCUCCGCCUCCUCGCCCCGCCCCUCUGUCCCCGUGCCCCGCCCACCAGCUACAGAGCCCCGCCCUCGCUCUCUCUGUGCUGAGUCGCUAUCUCCGUGCCCCUCCACCCUCCUUCGUACAACCCCGCCCCCUGUCUCCGAGCCCCGCCCCUGUCUCCCUCGCUCUCGGCUCUUCUUCUGUCUCCGCUCAGCUUUGCGUCUCAGUGUUCAGACGAGGAGUUCAGUCCUCUCUGAUCAUUCUUGCUCUGUCUUACUGUUUUUCUCUAUUAAAGCACACGUGGCUUCAGUUCAGACGCCAAACUCAAUCUGAACGGGGUUCAACAGGGUUGUUUUUCUUGUGA